CAAUUCCAAACGGAGCCUAAGGAGGCAAAAUCUCAGUUCGUCGUCUCCAUCUCGCACUACCUCACAGCCGCCCACAGGAAGCGGAGUUUGGAGGGGGGAUCGUCGUCUUAAUGGCGUUUAGAAUCAGAGCCUUUGCUAACAGAGCUGUAUACCUAUUGAGACGAUCAAUUUCCACUCCGUCUACUCAGCGCCGAACAAUCUUCAAUCUCUAUCCAUCUUCUCACUAUCUCCAAUCUUUCACAGGUCGCUCCAUUUUACUACCCCAGUUUAACUCUAGGUUAUUUUCAAGCACAAAACCUCAAGAGGGAGGAAAUGAAGAAAAAAUAUCAGUGUCAUUUCUUGAUAAAGAUGGAGAAGUGAAACAUGUAAAUGUACCUAUUGGCAUGUCUAUGCUUGAAGCAGCCGUCGAAAAUGAUGUUGAAAUAGAAGGAGCAUGUGAUGGAUGCCUUGCUUGUUCCACUUGCCAUUGUAUUGUGAUGGACAUAGAAUACUACAAUAAGCUAGAAGAUCCAACUGAUGAAGAAAAUGACAUGUUAGAUCUUGCCUUUGGCUUGACAAAAACAUCUCGCCUCGGUUGUCAAGUCAUUGCAAAACCAGAACUUAAUGGAAUGCGCUUGGCUGUUCCUACUGCCACAAGAAACAUUUCUACAGAUCAAUUGAAACAAAACUCUCUAUGAGUUCUGAUUACAAAUGAAUUAGAAAAGCUGAUCUUGGUGGAUUAAAGGAAACUUUGCCUGCUCUAAUAGCGUAUUGCAGAAAUUUGGCCCUAUUUUCUUCAGCUUUUCUUGAUUAAAUUUUGUUAAAGAUUACAAAGGUUUUGAUUAUCUUAUUUAGAAGUGUCUAGUUGUAAACUACUAUGGGAGAUAAAAUCAAAUACAAAUUUGAA